AUGUUUGAACAAUCUACCAACACACUCUUCGUCCUUGCUCAGACGUUCGCUUUUCUCCAGAUGCACUUUGUCUUUUUCACUGGACUUGUCAAUACUGCAGCUGGCAUCUCAAUUGAUCCCGCAAAUUCUUGCACGGCAUAUUGGCUCGAGCUUGCAAUUGAUCUGCCGGCAUAUUCCUGGUGCAAGAACUGCGCAUACAAUCUUCAUUCAGGAUCUGGAAACGAGAUUCCGGCUACCAGUAACCAUAAAGACGCUGGCGACAUUGAGCAUCACGGUGAUUACAAUGCCUGUUAUUAUGUCGCGAUUGACGAUCGAUGCCACCAAACAGACCACGAGAGUUACUUUCAAGAGCGUGUUGCCGAUGACAAGGGGAAGUUUGGCAUUUUCUGUCAGUCAAAAUCAUUGCAAAAGCAUCCUUCGUUACUCCCUAUGAAUGCGUUCCUGUCGCUGGGCCGGCAAGUGCACUGGAACCUCAAGACGCCCAAAGAUGGGAUCUGUCAAGUUCAGUAUGCUGAUAUUCCCCCAGAACCCGCCUAUUGGCUCGCCUAUGGCAAGGACCGUAAAUUGACGGACGACACCUGCCCCUUUGUUCUACAGACCCAGCAGGGAAUCAACGAUCGCAACAAACAGAGUGGUAUUCUCUAUGGCUAUGAUCGUGACGACUCCGUAUUUGAGACGCCUUGGACUAUCGAAUCAUACGAGCCUUGCUAUUUUAUCCUUCCACCUGCAGUUCCUCACGCAAGCUGUCCAAACUCUGGCAAUUAUGUUGAUGAUUUCUUUCAAGUCACGCUUAAUGAUGUCGCAGGGGAGGUUGAGAUUGUUUGCCCGCAAGUGAAUGAUAAUCGGACAUAUCGUGAGCCUGUUGCGACGCAUUUCAGACCUUCUUGGAGAAUUAACAUGUUUACAGGCUCUUGGGAGUUUGAGGCGGCUGACAUAUGA